UCCUAAAAAAAAAGAUAAAAACAAAAAUAAAUAAAUAAAUAAAAGAAGGGUGUUGAACGUUUUUAUAAAAAAGAGAACCUCGAACUGAGCUCGAGCAACCGACGAAAGUCAGUCGCUCAUAGCUACAGAGAGGUUCGAUGAGAACCAAUCAAGAUUUGGUGCAUACCGAGUGUACGUGAAAAAAUCCUUGGCCACGACGUCCUCCGUGGUAUCGUCGGUGGCCCGCCGAAGAGGUCAUCCUCGGCAGCUACAAUAACGGCUACCACGGUGACGUCGGCCUCAGGGAUAAUGUUACGUUCACCUGCUCGAGUUGUACUCCAUCAGGAGGGAAACAACGUAACUUCAGGUGUAUCGUCGUCCUCAUCGACGAUGUCAGCACCUGCAACUCCUGUUCAUCAUGGUGGCGGAGGUGGAGGUAGUAGUACUACUACUACUACUACUACUACUCCAGCAAGCUCAUCGUCACGACUCUCCCUUCUCGACACCUGUCACAGGAAAAUCAGGCUCUUCGGCGAGCUCGUCGCAAAAGCCCGACGAAAGGAGAAAGAUGCGGGAACUACAGAGGAUCCUAAACUCUAUUUGGAGGAGGCAACUUUAGAAAGACAGCUGCCCGAGUUAGACUUAAGGAUGCUAGUUGAUCUGCCACCUGGUUUGGAUUAUAACGAGUGGCUAGCAUCACAUACCCUCGCAUUGUUCGAUCAUAUUAAUCUCGUUUAUGGUACUAUAUCUGAGUUUUGCACUAUGACCGGUUGCCCGGAUAUGACUGGUCCUGGUUUGAGGACAUAUUUAUGGUUUGACGAGAAGGGUAAGAAAACGAGGGUGGCAGCGCCACAGUAUAUAGAUUAUGUUAUGACAUUCACACAACGCACCGUUAGCGAUGAAACUAUAUUUCCUACUAAAUAUGCAAAUGAAUUUCCAAGUUCAUUUGAAUCAAUAGUGCGUAAGAUCCUGCGGCUACUGUACCAUGUGGUGGCACACAUUUACCACUGCCACUUCCGAGAGGUGGCACUCUUGGGGUUGCACGCUCACCUCAAUUGUGUAUUUGCUCACCUCACUCUCCUUAAUCAACGCUUCAAUCUUAUUGAUCCCAAGGAAACGGAAAUCCUAGGAGACUUAGAGGCUGCUCUCUUGGGUGACUCAUCAUCUACGCCUUCGCAAACUUUAGCCAUCCAGGAGACUCCGACCACAACCAGCUAGAUCACAAUGCACAGCAUGCCAGAGGUUGCAGUUCCUGAGAGUAGGUGACGAUAGGCGUUUGUUUGGUUUCUUAAAGAUAGAAUAUACGUGAAAGAAAGUUAACAAGAAAAAAAAUACACUUAUUACACAAACGCAUAUAUACAUACACAGAUAUACACAGAAAAGAUGGAACGAUUCUGUAAAAACCAAGUAGUACCUGUAAAUAGCGAAGUGUGAGAAUUACAGCUGCAAUGAUGUAAUUAGGUUCCUCCGUUUGUUGUUUGUGAGAUUGUACAUAAUUUAUUAAUAACGAUAAGAUAUAUAUGAGAAGGAAGAAGAGACGAAGAAGAUGAUAAAUUCAUUAAUUAUUAUAUUGAUGAAAAUUAGUUGAUGAGAUAUAAGAGAGAUCAUUUGUUUCAUAAAAAAAUAAAUGAACCAAUAAGAAUAUUGUAAAGUUGAAGAGAGUAAUACCAAAUAUAUACCUGGUGUUAAGGCAA